AUGUCUAAAACCAUGAGUGCUACCUCGGUUGAGAUACCGAAUCCUCAAUUGACCAGAUCAUCGUCAAUUCGGCGACUGAACAUGGGAGUCCAAACUCUCAUCGCUCAGGCAUCAGCAUGGCUAUUCGACUGGACCCCUUUCGUAUUGGUCUCCACUUACUACAUCGCUUCGACCGCAGUAUAUACAUCGGCAACCGAAGGAACUAUCAAAGUAUUCUACUUCUUCUACAUGGCUGUCAACUUCUAUAUUGCCGCUUGUACGGUUAUCGAAGCCUUUCUAGGCAUCUCUCCUCUUCGCGAGUCCAGAAAGGCUGCCGAUGAGGUCGAUCAGAACAACAAUCAAUUUCCAACCCCCGAUGAUGAGCUUCCAAUCAUUGACCUUGUGAUUGUGGCAUAUCUUCCAAAUGAGCAGGAUAUUGUCAAGGAUCAAGUGUGCUAUGCUUUGGAUGAGCUGGUGUAUCCUCGAAGCAAACUGAGAGUCAACCNNUUGCCAAUUGAACCGCUCCAAUCCGAGCUGGCAGAAAUGGAGAAGCAAUACCCACAACUAACCGUCACCAAUGUCCCUGGCUCCAAGUCAAAAGCCGACAACCUCAAUUACUUCUUCAAGUUCAAUACGGGUGCCGAUAUCAUUGCAAUCUUUGAUUGUGAUCACUUCCCGCAUCCUUACAACCCUCGAUGGGCUGCUGAGCGAUUCAUGAAAGACUCUUCUGUGGAUAUCGUUCAAGGACGUUGUGUGNGUCUCUUCUGCGGCAGCAACGGCUACUGGAAGGCCGACCUACUCAAGGGACAUCAGAUGCACGGCCACAUGCUAUGCGAAGACAUCGACUCCGCACUACGCGCCUACGGUGAGGGCAAGAAAGCCGUGCACGACAUGAACGUCCUUUCCUACGAAAUGGCACCCACAAACUUUGCCGCAUUCUGGAAACAGCGCAUGCGAUGGGCGCAAGGCUGGACCCAAGCGAGUCUCAGACACAUGCCUCUGGUAUGGAACAACCCACCAGACGGUAAACGAAUCAUCAGUGAAAGGUUUGGCGUUCUAUCCCUUCUCUUCGUCCGAGAGAUCAGUUAUUAUUUGGUUACGCAGCAUACAUGUUUGCUGCUUUCUUUCAUCAUCACCGGUUGGCCGAAGAACCCGGCGGAUCUUGUAAAGUUAAUCUUCUUCCGCUACCCAAUGGCUGAAUGGUUCCUCUUUGCAACAGUUUACGACUUUCUGGAUGAUGAUCUUGUUUUCGAUUGUCUACACGCCUUAUCUCAUCUUGAUGGCGACUAUGGGUACGUGGAUUUCGAUUACAAGUGCUACAACUUUGACUAA